GGCGCAGGAGGAGGAGAAGGAGGAGGAGGAGGAGGAGAAGGAAAAGGAGGAGGCUCCAUCCCAGCAGGCAGCAGAAAGGGGCGCGAGGAGGCGAGGUGUGCAGGACAGACCCCGUCCUCCCGGCUCCCUCCCGCCGACGCGGCGGCUGCGGACGAGGCUGCCGUGCACGAGAUGGCGGUGCGGCCAGCGAUGGGCGCAGGGCUGCUGAUGCUGCUGCUGGCGGCAGCGGCCCCGGUGCACUCGGCAGCGCCCCGGCACGCCGCGGUGCUGCCCGAUGGCGGGGGCAGCGGGGACGGCGAAGAGGUCUCGGCCACGCCGCCCGUCUGCUGCAUGACGCCGGGAACCGGCCCAACGGCAGGGGACGUGGCAGGGACCACAGUCACCAACAGCUCGGCGCCGGGCGGCAUGCUGGACGGGCUGGUGGACUUCUUCAAGGAGUACAUGCUGCUGCUGGUGGUGGUGGGCUCGCUGGCCUUCGUCCUCCUCUUCAUCAUCUGUGCCGCCGUCAUCGUCCGGCAGAAGCACAAGGCAUCCGCCUACUACCCCUCCUCCUUCCCCAAGAAGAAGUAUGUGGACCAGCGGGACAAGGCGGGGGGGGCCCGGGCUUUCAAUGAGGUGCCCGAGAAAGCCCCUGACCCUGGGGCUGAGGAGCCUCUUGACUGCAGCCGGCAGCUACAGGCAGACAUCCUCGCUGCCGCCCAGAACCUCAAAUCCCCCCCCAAGGCGUCGCUGGCCAACGGGGCGCGGGGGGAGCAGAAACCGCCCCCCGAGGAGGAGGAGGAGGAGGAGGAAGGAAGCAAAAAGUUAGGCGACGAGCAACCUGCCGAGCCCCCUCCCCAAAACGCAGGCACCGAGGAAGUGGCGGGUGCCACAGGAGCAGGGUGCGAGGGGGUCCCUAACGCAGCCCAGGAUGGCCCCCCGGCCCCCCCUGGCAACUAGGGCAGGGACUCAGUCCCGGGUGAGCCCAAGGAGCCGCUGGCUCGGGGCGUUGCCCCGCGGACACGCGAUGGACACGGUGGUUUGCUGCUCCGUACGUACGUGGCGGCUCAAGGAAACCCCGAUGAAGUCCCCCCACUCCCCCCGACCCCCCCCGGGGGCCCACUGACCCUUGCACCGGCGGGACGCUGUGGCAAAGCCACGGUUUGAGGCAGAUGGUGUUACUGGGCAGUGCUGGAGUGCCGCCAGCCCCACGGCUCCGGCUGUCCAAGGGGCUUUUCCCAUCCUGGCACCGUGUGGACCUCCCUCCCCCCCCCACGCCGGUGCCGUGCCACCCUCCGCCACACACCGCCAGCUUUCUCCCCAAAUGUAAUUUUACUAAUUAGCAGCAUCCUGGCCCCUGCACUGUGCCUGGCUGGGAGCUGCAUCCUCCAGGCAGAGGCACAGCCCUGCAGCGGGGGUCGGGGCAGCCAUCCCCCCCCGUGGGGAGCAGGGCAGGGGCUCGACUCACCCUCGGGGACCCUGGGCUGGCUUCACUGAGCGUGCAGACCACCGCGGAAUCGAGCCCGGGAUGACCUCGGCCAGCCCAGCCCAGCUAAGGGGAGAAAGGAAGAAGUUUUAAUGGCAAGGACCUGUCCUUUCCCUUUUCUGCCCCAAAGCCCUGACCCGAGGGCAGCCCAGAGCCCGGCUGGACUUUUGCCUUAUUUUCUUAACCCCUUCAGCUAGUAAUAAAGACGUUUCCUACGCA